AUGUCUGCCAAAGAUGCCCGCUUGCAUGCUUGCUUGCAUGCUGCUUGGAGCCGAACACGAGAAAAAAAGUCUAUUUCGCACGAUUUUGAGCAGCAUCCAUGGAUCUCCUCGCGUUUCACCAAAGGUAUGCUUUCGACAUCUCUCAAUUGA